UUGGUUUCUCGUCGUAAGCUUGUCAGGCACGUGGAGGUGAAUUAAUGUCGAAGGGAGUGCCAGUCUGUGUUCACAUUGGAGGAGCUGUUUGGGGGCCUGCCGACGUGGCGGGACGUUGGUGCCGAAAAGAGCGAUCUCCGAAUCGGCGGGAUGCGGUUCAGAGAUCGCCAAGCGGCAAAGAACUGGAAUGAUGUGCAACAAACUGACAAACUCGUUGGAUCGUAGAAAGGGCAAUCUGUGAAGUGGGUUGCUCUAAGCCUCGGAGGCUUCAAUCUCUUUGCUAAGUUGGGGUUGAAUUGGGAGGAAGAGAAUGAAGGAGGACGAGGAUCUGGCGAGGGAAUUAAGAGGAGCUAUGGAGGACGAUGAAGAGAUAGGAGAGGAAGCCCCAUUGCUGCAGCCCCAAGAAUCUAGAGUCUCCGAGAUCGCAAACGAUCGCCCGGAACUUGCUUCAGUGACGCCACCUCCAGUUCUGAUCAUUGACAUUAACGCGGAUAUAUAUGGUGCUGAAGAUUCGGAUAACCUAACAGUGUCUGGUCGGGAUGUAGACGUUGAGGCUCCCAAGAAAAAGCAUGACCUUAGAGCGCUCGCAACAGUCGGAAACAAAAUGAGUGUCGAGAAUAGACCUAAGUCAGUGGACGUUGAAGGUCCAGACGGUGUAAUUAAGAGGUUUGCAAAAGGGACGAAGGCUGCAUUUGCUAUAGAACGAUUCAACUGUCAGCUCAAAGAUCCAUCUUUGCCAGUUGUGUGCAUAGUGGCCUGUAAAGACGGCGAGGAUCCCAUCGAAUUUGGUCCAGAUGUUGAGCUGGUCUCUUAUGAUGAUACCUGGACAUUAAAGACCUUACGAGAAGCUGUUCAAGACGUGAGUGGAAAUCCAGUGAAAGAGGAUUUCAUUCACAAUUCUGCUCGAGUCGCUUCUUUACCAAAUCCCAUCACACAAGUGCCGGUGGCCCCCUAUGGUACAGAGGAAAUCAACACUAAACAGAAUGACUCCACCAAACCCACACGGGAGAGCACACAAGAAACGGAUGCAUUACGAUACUUUGGUGUUAAGAAUUGGGAAGAUCUAUAUCCAGAGGGCAAGAUUCCUGAAGGGGGCUCUCAGGAUUGCACGCCUCAAUAUGUUGGAAAAGUGCUUGUGAUGUUCAUCUUUGUGUUCGCAUUUGCUGGAGGCUUGAUUUACAUGUUAGAACAGCUGCCCGAUCCCUCGCGGUCUUUACAGUAGUGUUUUGCAUCACUGGAUUUAAUACUACAGCAUUUUGAGUCUCCCCCUUUGUAAAUAUAAAACCAGUUACUCUGUUUCUUAUGAAAUACAUGUUAUUGUUUUAAGGAAUUUGUUA